AGACAAAUCCACAAAUGUGGAAUAUGGAUGAACCUGAGGAAGGAUACAGAGAUGGGAAUCAAUCUGAUGAGCAGCAGCAAAAUCUACAGGCCUCUCUCAGAAAUGGACAUACUUUUGGACAGGAGGGAGAAACAGGGAUAUUGCGCCGGUCAGAAUCCACCUCCCAGCCAACAUUCUGCGAGGCUUUCUGUGCCUUCAGAAAGUGUCAUCUCGUAAUUGUCAUCAUCAUCCUCAUCUUCAGCCAUGGUCUCUUCUUUUACUUGGGAACAUUAGUGCCAUCAAACUGCCAAGAGGAUGAGAAUAAAUGUCCACUUGCCUGGAUUGGACAUCAGGGACACUGCUACAGAUUUUCAAAAGAGGAAAAGAACUGGACCGAGAGUCAGAACGCCUGUAUUUCACUUGGAGCUUCCCUGGCCAAAAUUACAGAUGGGGAAAUGGAUAUUGUGGAGAAUCUCAUAAAUAAAAAUAUCUUUUGGAUUGGCCUCAAGAGAGAACCAGAUCAGCCCUGGAAAUGGCUAGAUGGAGAAAAUUCAACGUUGAAAGUCCUGGGAAAUGGAGGAGACUGUGCGUUCUUGGACGAUGGUGCCACAGCCAGCUCAGCAAGAUGCAGCACUGAACACCGCUACCUCUGUAAAAAAAAUUAUCCAACGAGAUCCUGAAAGAGAAUCAUCUGCCCUC